CUAAUAAGAGACGAAAUGGGCCAGGGCGAUGAGAGUGAUCGUAUUGUGAUCAACGUGGGAGGGACUAGGCAUCAGACUUACCGCAGCACCUUGCGCACCUUGCCUGGCACUCGGCUGGCCUGGAUUGCUGAGCCAGAUGCCCACAGUCACUUUGACUAUGACCCCCGCACGGAUGAGUUCUUCUUUGACCGCCACCCAGGAGUCUUUGCUCAUAUCUUGAAUUACUAUCGCACAGGUAAGCUGCACUGCCCAGCAGAUGUAUGUGGACCUCUGUAUGAGGAGGAGCUGGCCUUCUGGGGCAUUGAUGAAACCGACGUGGAGCCCUGUUGUUGGAUGACCUAUAGGCAGCACCGUGAUGCUGAAGAGGCCCUUGACAGUUUUGGAGGGGCACCUCUGGAUAGCAGUGCUGACGAUGGAGACGCAGAUGGCACUGGUGACUCAGGUGAUGGGGAGGAGGAGCUGGAGAUGACUAAACGCCUGGCACUGAGUGAUUCCCCAGAUGGAAGGCCUGGGGGCUUCUGGAAGAGGUGGCAGCCCCGUAUCUGGGCACUCUUUGAGGAUCCAUAUUCCUCCAGAUAUGCAAGGUACAUUGCAUUUGCCUCCCUGUUCUUCAUUCUGGUUUCCAUCACUACCUUUUGCCUCGAGACUCAUGAGAGAUUUAAUCCCAUCGUUAACAAGACAGAGACAGAAACUGUUGGGAAUGGCACCCAGGUGCGCUUCUAUUUGGAAGCAGAGACUGAGGCUUUUCUGACCUACAUUGAGGGGGUCUGUGUGGUCUGGUUUACUUUUGAGUUCCUGAUGAGGGUUGUUUUCUGUCCAAACAAGAUGGAAUUUAUCAAAAAUACCUUGAACAUCAUUGACUUUGUGGCCAUUCUGCCUUUCUAUCUGGAGGUUGGACUCAGUGGCCUGUCUUCCAAAGCCGCUAAGGAUGUCUUGGGCUUCCUGCGAGUCGUCCGGUUUGUUCGAAUCCUGCGAAUUUUCAAGCUAACCCGCCACUUUGUAGGGCUGCGGGUUUUGGGACAUACCCUCCGUGCCAGCACAAAUGAAUUCUUGCUGCUCAUCAUCUUCUUGGCAUUGGGCGUCUUGAUCUUUGCCACGAUGAUUUACUACGCUGAGAGAAUAGGUGCUAAACCCAAUGAUCCUAGUGCCAGUAAACACACACACUUUAAAAAUAUCCCCAUUGGCUUCUGGUGGGCUGUUGUCACCAUGACUACCCUGGGCUAUGGAGACAUGUAUCCUCAGACUUGGUCAGGCAUGCUGGUGGGAGCCCUCUGUGCUCUUGCAGGUGUGCUGACCAUUGCCAUGCCUGUGCCCGUCAUUGUGAACAAUUUUGGAAUGUAUUACUCCUUAGCUAUGGCUAAGCAGAAGCUACCAAAGAAAAAAAAGAAGCAUAUCCCACGGCCGCCCCAGCUGGGAUCCCCCAAUUACUGUAAAUCUGUCAUAAACUCUCCACACCACAGUACUCAGAGCGACACAUGCCCACUUGCCCAAGAAGAAAUGUUAGAAAUUAACAGAGCAGAUUCGAAAGUGAAUGGGGAGGUGGCCAAGGCGGCGCUGGCAAAUGAAGACUGUCCCCACAUAGACCAGGCUAUGUCACCUGAUGAGGGACUGCCCUUUACCUGUUCUGGCACUCGGGAGAGAUAUGGACCUUGCUUCCUCUUAUCAACCGGGGAAUAUCCCUGCCCGCCUGAUGGAGGAAUAAGAAAGGAUCUUUGCAAAGAAAGGCCUGUCAUUGCUAAAUAUAUGCCAACAGAGGCAGUCAAAGUGACUUGA